AUGAAUAACCUUGCCAAGAGUAUAUCUGCGCUGCAGUUUAGCGGGCCUGCUGCACAGACCAGUUGCAGUCCUUCAAGGCUCGCAUUGAAUUCGUCUUUAAAUAUCGAUUCUUCUGGACCGCCUGGCACUUAUCCACCCAUGACUGUUAUCUCGCUUAGUCGCUUGCAAGUUACUAUUGAGCGUUUCUUGGCUGAAGGCGGGUUUGCUCAUGUAUAUCUGGCAAUUCUCGCUGGAGAUUCGCAGCGUGUAGUUUUGAAGCGUAUUGCAUGCUCAGACAAAGCUUCACUUGAAGAGCUACGCCAAGAAGUAGAAAUCCAUAAACAAGUCUCGGGACACAAAAAUAUUGUGCGGUUUUUGGACUCGUCAAUUGCGUCAUUGCAAGCUGGUGGAUACGAAGUUUUGAUUUUAAUGGAGUACUGUGAAGGUGGUCAUUUAGUCGACUUUCUCAAUACUCGUUUAGACACUCGUUUGACUGAAGAUGAAGUUUUGAGAAUAUUUUCCGAUGUUUGCGAGGCUGUUGCUCACAUGCACAGUCUACAACCUUGUAUUGCACAUCGUGACAUUAAAAUUGAAAAUGUAUUGAUUGCUGGAAAUGGGUCAUGUAAACUAUGCGAUUUUGGGUCGUGCACUACUCGAGUUGUGCCUCCAAAUGCAAUCUUGAAUACCCAAGAUAUCUGGAAACUGGAAGAAGAGAUUAGAAAGUUUACUACGCUACCAUAUCGCUCUCCAGAAAUGUGUGAUUUAUACCAGAAACGCGGGCUUUCAGAACAAGUAGAUGCAUGGGCAAUGGGAGUGUUGCUGUAUAAACUUUGUUUUUUUACAACUCCGUUUGAGGAAGGAGGCAUGCUGGCAAUUCUGAAUGUGCGUUACACAUUUCCAUCAUUUCCACAGUAUUCUCCAAAACUCAUAUCUUUAAUUCAAUCGCUUUUGGAAAUUGAUGUUGCCAAGCGGUUUGAUAUAUUUCAAGCAUAUUCUGUGGUUUGCGAAAUGCGUCAUACGCCAUACAAUUUACCCAAGCGAUCAAUACCAUCGAAGCAGCCAGGUGAAACCUCGAGUUCCAUGCUUAAAUCGACACCUCGCGUAACAGAGACUGUUCAAAACUCUGCAGCCAAUGGCUUUGGGCCAUCACCAACUUAUGUCAAUGGUGUUUCUGUUUCUGGUAUUACGCCGAUGCGAAGAGGUCGACCUAAAUCUAAUGCAACUGAUUUGUCUACAGACAACUUUUUUAUGUCGCAAUCAUUGGUCAAUAUAUUCCCCUUGCCCGAUGUAGGAACCCCGGCAGCUACUUCUGUAAUGAGUCAAUCUCUGGCUGAAUCACCAUUUGUUGAUCUGGCAAAGUUUGAACAAACUAUGGAUCAGCACAAGGAGUUUUCCUCUUUACAGUCAAUCAAUCAGGCAUCUCAAACUUCCAAGCCUUGUUUAUCUCUGUCGCAGCCCUUUGUGCCAGAUUCUAUUUGGACUUCAUCUUCAAAUAUAACGAGUAGACCCAUUUCUACUUUACCCCAAUCAGCAUCAGUAAUUUCAGACUACACUCGUGUUCGUGGUCAUACAUCAAGUGGAGUUCCUUCAGAUUUAUCAUGCUCUUUGCCGUUUUCUCCUGGACGAACAUUUCAACCUCCACCGUUGCCAUUUGAAGCGCACCCGGAAGCACAAAAUCCACAAAUGCAGUCCUCCCAACCCAAAUCUGUUUUGCAUUCACAACAUGAACCACCAAAACAACAAUCGUUUUGGGAAAAACAUUCACCAUUGCUUACCAAUCCAUCUUUUCCCGAAUCUCCACCUGGUCGUCGUACAGUUCAAAGCCACAGUCGGCCCUUUUCGUGGGGAGGACCUAUGUCAGGACCUCCACCAUUGCAGCGACAUCCAAACGAUCCUUUUUUUGCUUCUAUACCGCCACGUCCACCUGGAACUAUUGAUAAAGGGUCACCCAAUACAGGUUAUAUAACAGUUCCGCGACCCAAUUCUACUGGAGAAUGGUCAUUGCCUGCUACACCCAAUGGAACACCUUUUAAUACACAGCAGUCCUAUCCACAUACUGCAAAUGCUAUAAUCAAUAACCAGCAAAUGGCUGCUUUGCCUGAUCAAUCCAUGUUUACUCUUUCUACUCAAAUGCCUAUACAGACCACCACUUCUCUUGUGAUGCCUAUGCAAUUGCCCAUGUUAUCAUCACCUCAAAUGCCCUACGGUGCAUUUUCUGCUUCAGUGUUACCUGCUAGUACUCUAGCUACCGAUCUGUACACCAAACCCCAUCCAAACCAGCAAACACAACCACCUGCGAAGCCGCCUCGAAAAAAUCGUCUUAGUAUUCAGGCAACAACCUCGAUGGGACUUUCAGAUAUUCAAUCUGGAUUAUCCGAGUCUAAUCCGAGUCAAUCGUGGCAAACCAACUUUUCGAGUCAGUCUGAUUCUAAAGCCAGUUCUAUGGGUCGCUCAAUACCAUCUACUAGUCCAUCACACAUGGAUGUAUUUGGAAGGUCGAUUGAUAUGCCUUUACUUUCUGCUACUUCAGCAUGGCAGCCACUUGUACCUACUCCAGCCACAUCGGAUCCACCUCAAACAAGUGUUUCUCAUUACCAAUAA